AUGGCUCAAACAGCAACCAUGACCAUGGUCACGGUGGUACUCAUGGCUCUAACUCCCAUCUGCUUCUCUAAGAUCACCAAUGGAGGUUACCUGUACCCACAAUUCUAUGAUCAAUCUUGCCCACAAGCCAACGACAUCGUUCACUCCAUCGUUGCACGAGCAGUUGCCAACGAGCCGCGCAUGGCUGCUUCCUUGCUCAGACUCCAUUUUCACGAUUGCUUCGUUAAGGGGUGUGAUGCAUCGAUCUUGUUAGACAAUGGUGGCAGUCGUAGCGUAAUUAGUGAGAAGGGAUCGGUUCCCAACAGUAACUCGGUCCGUGGAUUUGAAGUCAUCGAUCAGAUCAAAGCUGCACUGGAGACGGCCUGUCCCCAGACCGUCUCCUGUGCAGAUAUCUUGGCUCUAGCAGCCAGAGACUCCACAGUUCUGAGUGGUGGACCGAGUUGGGAAGUCCCGGUGGGAAGAAGGGACUCAUUGGGUGCAAGCUUGCGUGGCUCGAACCACAAUAUCCCAGCUCCAAACAACACUUUCCAGACCAUCCUCACCAAAUUUAAACUCAUGGGUCUUGACAUUAUCGAUCUCGUAGCACUUUCUGGAAGCCACACCAUUGGAAACGCUCGAUGCACCAGCUUCCGACAACGACUAUACAGCCAAAAGGGCUACGAGCAGACCGACCAGUUGUUUGCUGCUCGACUGCGAGCCAACUGCCCACAAUCCGGUGGUGAUCAGAACCUGUUUUUUCUGGACAGUGGAAGCCCGAUGAAAUUCGACAAUGGAUACUACAAGAACUUGAUGGAUUCAAAGGGGGUUUUGAGUUCCGAUCAAAUUUUGUUUGCGGAAAACAAAGAAACGAUGGAGGUCGUGAAGGAGUAUGCCGCAAAUGAGGAGAUGUUCUUCCAACAGUUUGCGAAGUCGAUGGUUAAAAUGGGGAAUAUUAGUCCUUUGACGGGCUACAGAGGACAGAUUCGAAAGGAUUGUAGAAAUGUUAUCGGUUAAAGUUAACUGUUAUCUGAUAAAUUAUUAUAAUUACAUUAAAACAAAUAAUAAAAGUAUGUGUAUAUCGUGUUUUAAGAAUUACUAAAAAUUGUGUUAUAAAU